AUGAAAGCAAAAGUGACUACAGUGUUAUAUUUGCUAUUUUGCACGACUAUUAUUGCAGCCUGUGUUAUACUAAAGUUCGAGCCUGGAGAUGCCACGAUCAAUUUAGAAGUUAAAAUGAGCAAUAACAGCGUUUUGCUACAAAUGUUUUCAGCGAGUAAUCCACCGCCUUUCUGUGUGCCUAUCCCGAUACCAUACAUACCACCUGGCCUCGUUGAUAUGUGUAUCAGACUUUUCGAUGUUUCUAUUAUACAACAGAAGUUGCACGUUUGCAUGGAUAUAGACACUAGAAUUGAUAUGACACCCGUCUUGAUUUUACAUUUCGAUUGCAUGGAUAUGGGAAUAGACGGCGUUAGUCUAUCAAAACCAGGAGGCAGUAAUAAUCCAUCAAAUACGGACAUUACAGAUACAUUAGAACCAACCCAGGUUAAUAGUGAUGUUUAUGAUCCCGUCACCGAGGAUCCUAAUUACGUAACAACAUCGAAAGCAAUUUUCAAAAAUAGUAUAAGUUAUAUUUGA